AAAUUUUACGAAACGUCAUUUUUACACAAUUCAAUGUCAUUAAAACAUAAACUAGCAUCUAAAGUCGUUUUAUUAACCCAAAAAGUUUUAUCGAAAGAAACGCAAAUGAAAGAACAAGUCAAUAAGGUGUUCAAUCAAGCGCAAAAAACUUUUAGUUGUACCGAAAAAAGUUUCGAAAAGAAACUACAAAAACUUAUUCGGUUGAUGAAUAAAACGACAGCUAAAGAUUUAAAUUUAAACGAAAGUAUCAUGGAUAACGAAUUUUGGGAACAACCUAAUAAAGCUCCCGUAACUUAUAUAAGCCUUUACGAAGAUGAUUUAAUUACAAUGGGAGUUUUUGUACUUAAAGACGGUAUGAAAUUACCACUUCACGAUCACCCGGAAAUGCACGGUUUAAUAAAAGUAUUAACCGGAAAAAUUAAAGUAAAAAGUUUCUCUAUAGAAGAAGACCCCGAAUUUUUGUAUUGUAAACCCCCACCAAUUGUAUUAACGGCACAAAAACAACCGGAUAUUCUCGCAGAUUCAACAUCCGACGUUUGUGUUCUUCGACCUAAAAGUAAAAACAUCCAUGAAAUUGAAAGUGUCGAUGGCCCGGCGGCUUUUUUCGAUAUUUUAUCACCACCAUAUGAAACACCCAUGCGAGACACAUUAAGAAGAUGCAAUUAUUUUGAAAUUACCGCAAAAGUACAUCGUGAUAGUUACAAAUUAACUGAAAUUGAGCCACCAGUUUGGUUUUGGAAUGAUUGCAUUAAAUAUCUCGGUCCAGCGAUUAAAUUUGAACACGAUUUUAGUGUUUUUCAACGUGUUUUAUCGCAAUUUAGAAAUGUUUGGAAAAUUUUUAGCGGACGUUGUCAAAGUUCUUAAUAAAUUAAAUCGGUUGUUUUAAUUUAUAUACAACUUUCUCUUUGAUGUCUUGGUAUUGAAGUUUUAAACGAAAACACGUGCAUCUGCCAAUUAUAGCCGCUACAUUUGGAAAAUGUUAACGAUUUCGAUUCGAAAGUUUAUUUGUAGAAUCUUCAAUUCAAUUAAACGGUUUAUUCACG